AUGUCUCGUUACGCCGCCGCCAACGCCAAUCCUCAAGGCCUCGGUGAUGCUCGGCCUACAGCAAUGCAAAUCAUCCAUGACGAAGCGAUGGAAGAAAAGAUGACUGACAAGUUCAUCGUGAUAACCGGAGUCUCCUCUGGUAUCGGCAUCGAAACAGUGCGCGCACUCGCAACUACGGGAGCACGACUCAUCUUGACAGCACGGGAUAUAGUCAAAGCAAAGACAGCUCUCGGCAACAUCUUCGAUGCCAGUAAGAUGGAACUCAUCCACAUGGACCAGGCCUCGCUCAAAAGCGUACGAGCUGCCGCUGCCACCGUCCUCUCCAAGACGAAUCACAUUACGAUUCUCAUCACCAACGCCGCAGUAAUGGCUGUCCAGGAACUUCAAUUGACAGAGGACAACUAUGAGGUGCAAUUCGCAACAAACCACCUAUCCCAUUUCCUGUUUUUCAACCUUCUCAAGCAAGCUCUACUCUCUGGGUCUUCGGCGAAUUUCCAAUCGAGAGUCGUUGUUGUUUCUGCUGCUGCGCAUCGUGUUGCCACUCUGAAUGAUUGGGAUAACUAUCAUUUCCAGAGCGGUGGGUAUUCCCCUUGGGGUGCUUAUGGGCAGUCAAAGCUGGCGAAUGUCUACAUGGCCAAUGAAAUCGAGCGCCAAUAUGGUACAAGUGGUCUGCAUGCGACUAGUCUCCAUCCUGGUAUAAUUGCGACGAACCUGGGGCAGUACUUGCCCGAACAGGAGAUUGAUGCGAUGAUGCAGAAUGAGCUCAUGCUCAAGGUACAGAAGAGCGUUGAGCAGGGAGCAGCAACUACUGUUUGGGCUGCUGUUUCCAAGGAGUUGGAAGGCAAGGGUGGUCUGUAUCUUAAUGAUUGUGCGGUUGCUGGGCGUGGUGAGGAUGACGGCAAUCCUGCCCUUGGUACGACUUCCAGCUGCACGUACAAUGCCAAUGAGGAAGCUAGACUCUGGAGUGACUCGUUUGAGAUGGUCAGCCUGUUGGAAGACGACUGA